GGAAGUGUGAGUGUUGUUUCUGCAGUACGCGGAAGUUUUGUGGAGCUGCAGCAGAGCGCUGUGUGAGAUUAGCGGCUGACAGUGUGUCGAUAACACACGGCGGAGCUCUGCGGUGUCUCUCCUCUGCUGCACACUGAAGUAAGUCAUUAAAACACGCUUAUAUCAAACCGUCUGUUUUAUUCCCGUUCUUACCGAAACAUGAUGAAGUUAGCUGACGGAGCAGGACCUCUCUCUGCUGUCAGACUGCCCGGCUUUAUGCUAGCUCACUCCGACUCUCGCCUUAACGCCGUUAAACCUCCAACCCUUCUGAUAAUAAUGUUAAAUAUUAUAUUUCCAGUAGGGUUUGUUUGUCUUAGCCUGUUCCCUUUCAUUUGUAUAUGUAGAUAAAAACUGUACUGAUCUGUUAAAGCUGAAGUUAGAACAGGUUAGCUAAUGCUAACUCACGUCAGAGAGGCCAAUUCAGGUCAUCGGGUUUGAGAUUCAGCAUUAAAAAUAAGAAAAUGCGAAGGAGAAGGAUUAUCUCUGCGGUUUAUCAACACGAAUUUUAGUUAUAUCUAAGGACUUUUGUUUGGAAAAUAACACUGACUGAGUAAAGAAGGACAUCCAGGGGGUUUCUAUCGGCUUUACACCCAUAAUAAUACAGUAAUAUAGUAAUGAACCCAAACAGAUUUUCUCUGAUUCAACUCCAUAAAUCCACAAAACCCACUUUUAAGUUUCUUAAAACUAUUGAAAAUAUAUCUGAAAGAAAGCCUUCAGAGCUUUGUGUAUCGGUGACUCACGAUAUGUGAGCCUUUACGAUAAUGUCGCGGUCAUUUAUUCAUAAUACCGGAUUAUCCGAAAAUACAAAAUGCACUUAAAAGGUAGAUAUCUGUGGUUGUACAUUUAUUAAUUGUUAUUAAAUUUCAUGCAGAUAAAAUAGAGCUUACUCUGUUAACAUUAGUCAUGAUAGACUAUUUUACAUUUGCAUCUGAUGGUCAAAUUUAUUGUACAGGGUAACAUUAAAUCAAGGUUGGAAACAAGCCAAAGCAAACCAAAGAUUUUAACACAGUGUUAGUCUGUUAAAAUGAUUACUGCAAUAAUCGGCUUAACUAUUUGCUAUUUUUCCGACAAAAGUAAAGAAAGUGUAAAAAGAAAAAUGCAAAAACAAUAUGGUGAAAACAGAGAGAUGAAUACCAAACAAAAGAAAGUCUUUUCUGUUAAAGUUAUUAUUUUUGUCAUUUGCAACAGUAUAAUGAAAUGUAUUUAUUUUUAUUAAUACCACCCUAAUAGAACUAUCAUUAUCUGAUCAGAAAUUUUUAGCUUUAUUUUUAAUUAUAAAAAAGGACAAGCUUUUUCCCGUCACAGUCUGAUAAAGUGAGCUUUGAGUAUAUGAAAUAAAAACAUGUGCAGACUGUUAGUAACCCCUUGAGCAACUUUUCUAAUAACUUACGAAACAAAAGAUACUUAUUGGCUGUGGGCCUACGAGCUAACGCUGAGCAGAAUAUCAUGGUGUUUUCCUCCCUUCUCAAAUCUGCACAUGUCUUAAAAGUAAAUCAAAGGUGCUGUUUGCUGUGUGAGUGUGUUACAUCACUUCGUAGUAAUGUGAGUAUCACAGUCUGACUUUGCACUCUGCAGCCAAGCUUCAGCCUGCCCCUGAACCAACCUGCCAAGUAUGUGGACAUUCAGGAUGUGUUUUCCUUGUCAAGUGCUCUUUUUUUAUCUCCUCACCUUUCACACAGUUAACGCCUCUCGAGGAAACAGACUUCAUUAGAUCUCAAUCUGCAGAAGUCACUCUGUGUUAACUUUAAAACAAACUGUUGAAGGUUGAGCUGCAUGGGAUUUUCUGUUAGUUAAAAGUUUUGUUCGAUUGCCUCAGUGUUUUUAGUUAUGUAAGGUUUGUAAAACGUGGGGCAAUGGUUCACUAACCCCCAGGACUAGCAGCCCACGUGGACCUGAACCAUAAAGGUUAAUGUAUCUCCACAUGGACAGUGGCAAGUCUCCUUGUUUUUAAACCAGACUUUAAUUAAAUCUUUCUGCACUCUGUAAACAGGCACCACAGCUCUGUUUGAUUUUAUCUGCUACACAUGUGCAGCGAAUGUGUUUUUAGGUCAGAGAAACAUUCAAGAGACUUUAGCAUUCCUUUAGCUUUAUUUCACCAGGAAAAAAAAAGUCCCUCACCACCCCAUCGCAGCCAAAAGAGCUGAGGGAAAAAAAUGCAUGUGAGAGAAGAAGCAAUGACUAAGCAUUUUUCUGCAACAGAGCAUGUGCAUUCAGAGGUGGAAUAAUCCUUAAUCCUGUUUAUAAUCUUCAGCGCUUAUAAACAGUCUGAAUGGACUCUAUAAAGAAGCUAUAACUUUAAAAGCACUUUUACCUAAAAGAUAAGAGGUUGGGACCAACAUGUGUGACUGAAGGUUGCAGCUGAAAGAGUUUGCAGUCAGAGGAAAAUGAAAAUAAGGGCAGAUGUUAUAGGAAAACCAUAAAAAGACAAUGCACUUCUCAGAAGUGCUUUGGUUGUAUAAUACAGUUAGAUAAGGCUGCAAGAUGCAAUGAUAUGAAAUGUAGUGUAGAGACUUACCAUAAUGCUUUCAACAUUAUAAGACAAUAGAUAGAUAUAGAUAAGGCAGCUUGUUUAUAAUACAAAAUAUAUAUAUAUUCAUAUUGAAGAUAUCCAGAUUUAUCUCAAAGUGUGGCUGCCAAUGCUCAUAUGGAGCUCAGGUGUAAAGAGUAAGAAGUCACUCUCUGGGUCAGGUGUGCAGGGGAGAAAUUAAUUGUCUGAGCUUAAAAAAGUUUUGGAAUUAAUGUAUGCUGAUGUGGACUUUCUUCCCAAAUGGAUUUAGGGUGACAAAUUUCAUUUGAAACUGGCCAAAUAUUAGGAUUGGAGACGCUGCCUUGCCAGAAACAAGCUAAACAAGCUAUAUCUUUAAUGUUUCAUUAUUUUUGCAUACAAGAACAGUAGUCAGCUUUAAUUUUUUUAUUGGGAAACACUUAAUAUUUAAUAUGAGAUUGGGGUUGGAGGCCAAAAAGCCAAUAAGAACAUCACUGAAAAAUAUUCUUUAGAAAGAAUAAUUAAAUUUAAUCCUUUUUGUGCGAUAUUUAAAGAUAAUAUAAAAAGGUGAGAGACACAAGUACCAAAAUGGUAAAAAAAAAACAAAAGCCCAACAUUUUUUAAAAUGUUUAAAAAGACAUGAAAAAAGUCUUUAGUUUGUUCCUGAACUUAAGAAUACAUUAGUUAGCCAUGAACAUAAUGUUGUCAUCUGCAUAAUAAAGAAAUUUUAUCACGAUAAAUCUGCACACAAAGAUUGAUAGAGAUUAUAAACAAAGGGAGGACCCAGUAUUGAGCCUUGUGGAACACCAUUCUGCAUUUUUAAAAGGUCUGACACAAACCAUCAGCUUUGACAAUCAGUGAUGAAAACGUUUUAUUGUCCUGUGUAACGUGUGUGAGAAAUUGUUAAUUCUAUAUGAUUUUGAUUUAAAAUUAAGGAAAGACACUGUGAUAAAAUAGAUCUGGAAUAAUAAAAUAAUCAAUUUGUUGAUCACUUGUCUUUCUUUGGUAGCAUGGCGCACAUUUUAAAUUGCAUUUUUAUUUUGACAUGAAUUUUUCUUUUUUGUUUUUCACCUAGGUUACACCUGUCUCAUGUAAGGCAGACUGUUUCAUGUUUGCAUUUCUUCUUUUUCUUUUAUCAGAGAAAUACUGACACAAAGAGGAGGAUGUCUGCCACUGUGAAGAAUCCUUUCCAGCAUAUAGUUGAGUCUCUGGACCCAGACAGACCAAACCAGCAGUUUUACAAUCUUUCCAAACUUGGAGAUCCCAGAUAUGGUAACACCUCCUUGUCACUGUCAAAGUAAAUGAAAAGUUUGUUUUAUCUUCAAAAGGCAUUCACCGAAUUUUACAUCUGUUCUUCAGACCGUCUGCCUUUCUCCAUCCGUGUCCUCCUGGAGUCAGCCGUCAGGAACUGUGAUGAGUUUUUAGUGAAGAGCUCAGAUGUGGAGAGGAUCCUAAACUGGAAGGAGACUCAGACUCAGACUGUGGAGGUCCCGUUUAGACCAGCUCGAGUGAUCCUGCAGGACUUCACGUAUGUGGAUACUGUAUUUAUUUCCAUUUGAAUUCAGUUUUGUUGCUCUGUAGUUUGGUAACAUUUUGAAAUAUCAUUUACUGCUAACAGAACUUUAUGCUUCAGAGGAGCUUAAUACUCAAUUUUAUCUAAAAGGUCAAAUUCAGCUUGAAAAAGUUUUCCAUGACUGUGGGGGAGCUGGACUGAGUUUGAAAAACCCUGAGGGGAGUUUUCUUAUGAAAGCUGCAGACUCAGAACAGAUGCUUCUGUUGCAAAGUGAACACUGUCGGAGAAACAUGUUUUUAUAACCUCAGCACUUUGUCAUAUUUUGGGGGACAAAAUCACAAAGUUUUGGAGUUGCUCUGGUAGAUUGCUUCAGUUCAGUGCGUUUACAUGCACAGCUUGAUCGGACUAAGUUCAUAAAUCGUUUUUUCUUUUCUCCUUGUCCGCGUGUACAUGCAGCUAAGAAAAUCUAAUUAUUGAUGUGAACGUGUCCUCCUCCACAAAACUAAGGGGCGAUAUGGGUCUUUUCAGCGGCGCUGUUUUCCAGUUGACCCAACAACAACAGCGGGUCUGUGCCAGACGUCAGAAGUGGCAACAACUGCUGCUGGGCUUUUUUCGAGCAAGAAGAUGGAGCAUCGUACAGUGUUGUUUUUGUCGUACAUAAUGUACGCACUACUUUUUUUUGCAGAUGAGGUGCAUGCUAUUCCUCUUCUCUUGCGUUUCUGUUCCGGGGUUACGGGGGCGUGGCGCACACGCACAUGCAUUGUCCAAUCAUACUCUGACUACGCUGCUUACAUGGUAGAGAAAAUUGAAUUCCAAUCGCAUUAUCUGGGUGUCUUAGCCAGAGUUCUCCCACUCCAAUCGGAGUUCUCAAGCUCCGAUUAUAGUCGGACUGAGGUGUUUACAUGCACUUCAGUUGUCUGCUCUUAAUCAGAGUAAGGCAAUAAUUUGGUUUUCUCCAGUGUCAUAUAAACAAAUGGAGUGUAAAACCAUAAAACAGGUUGCAGUGACUGCUGUGUCAUCCUUAAUGCAUUCUCGUUUGCUACUGUUACACUCAGAUGUUAACUUAAAAAUAAAACAGGAGUAUUAUUGAAUGAACAGCUACCAAUAACUAACAGAUAAGAGGCUGUAGGGCUGGGUGAUAAAUUGAAAAUUUACCGAUACCGAAAUUUACGAAAUUUACAACAACUGACGCCAUUUAGCCCAUGUCAAUAUAUUCUCUGUCAAAAAAAUAAAUAAAAGUUGGUUUUGGAUGUGUGUAGGUAGGCUAUGGUCUUAUGUCCUUUCAAGACGCUGUCCUACAUCGGAGACGUGACUCCACCCCACCUAGUCUGUAACAGAGGGAAAGACAGAUGAGGAGAUGGAGGACGGUUCAAAAGUUGUAGCGGCGGCUGAAGUAGACGAAGUUAAUGUGGGAGGGGGUGAGCGAGGUGAACUGCUCAAUAUAUCGUGAUAUUGAUAUGAGGUCAUAUCACCCAGCCCUAAGAGGCUGUGACAUUGAGCAACCAUGAAUUACUGCAGGGGAACUUCCCUCGCUGUGACAGCCUUUACUAUAAGCCUUUUUCCAAAACAGAAACCAACACAUGGUCCUUUAAAAACCACCAGAAUUCAGAGGAAAAACUGUAAUUUUACCCCGCAUAAAGUAGAUGUUUCUGGUCUUACUAUACCACCAACGUUUUCAGAGUUAUCCCGUGCCACGAGAGCAAUGUGAUCAUGCAAACAGACUAACACAUAUUGCAGGUUAAAAUUACUGUGAGCUUAACUUGAGCAAGGUGGCUUUAAAGAAAAAAGUUUAAUGACUGUUUAUGCUAAAAAAAAAAAACCCUCUCCUCAAACAAAAGGAUCUAUUUCCAUAGAGAUCCAUUCUGUGAUGAAUUCAGAAGCUCCAAACACAGGAGGUCAACUGAAGCCUUUCAGCCUCUUUUGCAGAUACUAAUAAAUCCAGUUAGAAACCUUUGGGUCCAAUAGGUCAUUUCAACCAAAGAUAGUGAAUGUCUGAAGGUUUUUAAUGACACCAGAAGUCUUCUUAAAUUGUGCUGAUGGUUGUGAGUGUGUCCUUGCAGUGGCGUCCCCGCUGUGGUGGACUUUGCUGCUAUGCGUGAUGCGGUGAUGAAUCUCGGCGGUGACCCAGAGAAGAUUAACCCUGUUUGUCCUGCUGAUCUUGUCAUCGAUCACUCCAUCCAAGUGGACUUCAACAGAAAGUAGGACCAGGUUUAGGAAGCUCUGCUCUUAGACCCUGUUAUAUUCUCCAUGUAGCUGCAGCAGCUCACUUCGCUUAGAUGUUCAGUGACUGAAAUGCACCGUUUUUUUCCCCCUUCAGGUCUGACAGCCUUCAGAAGAACCAGGACUUGGAGUUUGACAGAAACAGAGAAAGAUUUCAGUUCUUAAAGGUGAAAAUUCAAAACAAAAACCAAGUGUGAGGUUUAGAUAUCUGCCAGCUGAAGAGAUCUUAACCAGAAUUUUGUUUUCUUCUCUUCUUAGUGGGGCUCAAAGGCGUUCAGAAACAUGCGAAUCAUUCCUCCUGGUUCAGGGAUCGUUCACCAGGUCAACUUGGAGUACUUAGCCAGAGUGGUCUUUAACCAUGAAGGGUACUUCUACCCUGAUAGCCUGGUGGGCACGGACUCUCACACCACGAUGAUUGAUGGACUGGGGGUCCUGGGAUGGGGUAAGAAAGACAAAGUCCGGUCUUAUACUCAGGCUCAGCUCUUGUUGAUAAGAAUUGAUGUUUAAAUGAAGUGUAAAGUUUUGAUUGAAGUUUGUGGUUUGAACCUGCAGGUGUCGGUGGGAUUGAGGCGGAGGCUGUGAUGCUGGGUCAGCCGAUUAGUAUGGUACUUCCUGAGGUGGUGGGGUACAAGCUGAGUGGGACCCCUGAUAAGUUCAUUACCUCCACUGACAUCGUCCUCACAGUCACCAAGGUGAGUAUAAUCUGAUCUACUGUCAUAAUCACAAAUAUAUAAACCAUAAGAAUUUCAAUUUUGUGAGGUAACGUAUCCUUCUUCUUGCUCUUCUUUCAGCACCUCCGUCAGGUGGGCGUGGUGGGGAAGUUUGUGGAGUUUUUCGGCCCGGGUGUCGCUCAGCUGUCCAUCGCUGACCGAGCCACCAUCGCCAACAUGUGUCCAGAGUACGGAGCCACGGCAGCUUUCUUCCCCGUGGACAACGUCAGCAUUCAGUACCUCGAGCAGACCGGUGAGCCCUGAUCAAACUCAUUCGAGUACCUCCUCUGAUUCAUCACAGAAAGUUCAUGUUAUUUUCGUUUGGUUUGUUUCCAGGUCGAGAGGAAGAGAAGCUGGCCUACAUCACAAAGUAUUUGAAGGCGGUAUCAAUGUUCAGAGACUACAACAAUGUCUCUCAGGAUCCAGAUUUCACUCAGGUCAGUCUCAGUUUAUACCGCUGUAUGAAUUUACUGAUGUCAAGAGUACCAUUCAAUGGUCAGGUUACGAGAAGAGUACCCUCUGCACAAUCUGUGUCAGAUGUCAGACUUCUACCCCUACAUUACAAACUAAUCCUGGAAAGUGCAAAGAUUAAACUGAACUGCUCCUACCUUCUCUCACAGGUUGUGGAGCUGGAUCUCAGUACCGUUGUCCCGUGCUGCAGUGGUCCCAAAAGACCUCAGGACCGGAUCCCUGUGUCCGACAUGAAGAAAGACUUUGAAACCUGUCUGGGAUCCAAGGUAAAGAAUAAAGACUGAGAGAUCUAUUUCUCAUGAGCAGGUUUUUGUCAAUCAAGAAUAAAUGCCAAUUAUUAAGAAAGAAACCAACAUCUUGUACCUAGUCGUGUCAAGAAUCAGCUGAUUAAUCAAUGACUUAUCGGCGGUGUCAUUUAGCGUGCUCUGAACCCUUAUAGACUUAAAGACAGGAAACAUAAGACUUAUAUUAUAUAGUCGUAAAAGUGGAUUUUGGGUGAGAGAAGAUGCUUCCUACCUGAACAUGUGCCGAUGAUUCGUCUCCGGCUGACUUCACACCACAGGUCUUUCUCAUUCCUCUGUGAUUUUUCAGACGGGUUUCAAAGGUUUCCAGGUGGCCCCGGAGCAUCACAGCGCUUCAUUUCCUUUCCAGUUUAAUGGAAAAGAGUUCACAUUAAGUCACGGCUCUGUGGUCAUCGCUGCUAUCACCAGCUGCACCAACACCAGCAACCCCUCUGUCAUGCUCGGAGCAGGUGGGUGUGCUACAAACUCAUGAGACCAUGAUCGAUCUUUUCUGAUGUGAGAAAUUCUAAAACAGCUGUGAGGAAGAAAACAUGGAGACGUUUGUGUCGAAGUAUAAGUUCAGACAUCGUCACAUUUAUUAAAGAGUUAUUAAAGAUCGAUUCUCUCCCUCUCCAGGACUCCUCGCAAAGAAGGCGAUAGAGUGCGGUUUGAGCGUGAAGCCGUACAUAAAGACGAGUCUGUCGCCAGGCAGCGGAGUGGUCACCUACUACCUGAAGGAGAGCGGGGUCAUGGACUACCUUUCCAAACUGGGGUAAGCUGCACAAACCGAUGAUUCAGGCAGUCAGGUGGAGUUUUCUUUGUGAUCAUGGCACAUAUUUCAGCAUCCUGUUGUCACGAGAUCGAACAAGGAAGGUGAAGGUGUGUGCUGAGUGAGCAGAUCAUGACAUGCAGCAGUUGUAUUUAAAAUGCAGCUGUGUCACUCUUUAUAUUUUAUAAAAAGAAAAAGCUUUAAAAUGAGGCCAUUUACUCCUUACUCAGCUGAGGAAAGAAGGAAAGGAGGCAAGGAAAGGAAUGACACAGAUAAGAAGAAAAGGCUCCUGUGUAAAAACUUUAAAAACGACUAAUUUUUCUGAAGUCAGGAAAAAAGGCGACAUCUGCUGGACUUAGCUUGUCACUGCAUCCUGGUACACUAAUAAACCGAUUCUUUAGAUAUUCAAACCCAACACAAACACCUCAUUGAGCCUCCUAACCAUUCAGACCUCAUGGUGGUCAUGUGAUCUCUGCUGCAUGUUCUCAUAACACUGUACUGAAAUAGGAGACUGCUGCAACCCUUAGCUUAGAAAAAUGUUAAAACUGAAUAAUCCUGAUCAUUUACUUUAAUAGCAAAAACUUUAAAGUGAUCUGAAAAUCACCAAAUAUUAAAAAAACGUAGCCUGUUUUUAAAAUAACACCUCCUAACAUGUACACUAGUGGCUUUUAUUUGAAACUGGGUCACAGAGAAACAUUAGAGGAGUUUGUUUGGAUCAUUUAUUUGGAAUUUUUGUUCAUUAACAGAAUAAAUUUAAUUUGUUUUUAGAGUAAGAACUAAAAUUAAGGGUCUAAAUAUUUUUUAAAGCUAUUUUAAACCAUUAAAUCAUGAUUUAACAGAGUUGAAAGACUAACCCUUGUUUGUAAAGUCAGUCUGACUCAUGAGGGCUGAUGGGACUGUAUUUUUACAGUCUGAUCAAAUUCAAACAGUAAAAACUUGAUAUUUAAAAGCUGCAUUAAAAAAAUUCAAAUCUUAGCUGAUGAGUUUUUUACAAUUCUUGAGAAAAUGUUGAUUUGGCUCAAUUUAAGUCACAUGAUGUUAAGACCUUUAACCUUUUUGUCUUCCCUUGUAGCUUUGAGGUGGUCGGCUAUGGUUGCAUGACGUGUAUAGGAAACAGCGGACCGCUUCCAGAGCCGGUGGUGGAGGCGAUAACACAGGUACUAAUCAGCUUUUCACACCUUCAUCACAGUAUUCCUCUCUUUAUUUGGUCACUCAAACUUCCGUUCCUCUUUUUCUUCGUUUGCUCGUGCUCUGUCUUUAAAUUUCUCCACCCUUCCAUCAGAAGCUUUAAAAACUAGUGAUAACCGGUCAUUUCCUGUCUACUUUAAGGUGUCUCUAUGUAUGUGUGUGUUUCAGGGGGAUCUGGUUGCAGCGGGCAUCCUCUCAGGAAACAGAAACUUUGAAGGCAGAGUUCAUCCAAACACCAGAGCGAACUACCUGGCCUCUCCGCCGCUCGUCAUCGCCUACGCCAUCGCCGGCACCGUGAGGAUAGACUUUGAGAAAGAGCCUAUUGGUGAGUGGUUAGACACAGAUGGAAAGACGAUGAACUCACAGGUUGAAUUAAAAUUUUAAUUGUGUCCGUUCUGCAGCCGUUAACUCUGAGGGUAGAGAGAUUUUCCUGAGGGACAUCUGGCCCACAAGAGAGGAGAUCCAGGCCGUGGAGAGGACGUUCGUCAUCCCAUCCAUGUUUAAAGAAGUCUAUGAGAAGAUUGAGGUGAUGAAACCCGCACUCACUUUGAAAAAAAAAAGCUUUCUGACGUCAUGGUGACAAAAACAUUCACACAACCGUCUCUUUCUGUCAUGCUGCAGAAAGUGAACGAACGCUGGAACUCUCUGGUGGCUCCCUCUGAUAAGCUCUACACCUGGGAUUCAGAAUCCACCUACAUCAAGUCUCCGCCCUUCUUUGAUGGUUUGGUAAAGACAUACAUCUGAACGCAUCCUCAUAUAUUUAAAAAUGAAUCACACUUGUGUCACAGCCAGAUGAGAAAAGAGAAACAGACUCUCGGCUCAUGUCGUCACAGAACUGUUUCUGACUUCACCGUCUCUAUAUCACAUUAUCUUUUAUUUUUUUCAGACCAUGCAGCUUCAUCCUCCCAGAUCCAUAACAAACGCUCACGUGCUGCUGAACCUGGGAGACUCGGUCACCACAGACCACAUCUCACCAGCAGGAAACAUCGCCAGGAGCAGUGCUGCAGCACGCUACCUCACCAGCAGAGGGUGAUAAUGCAGUAUUUCAUGUAGACUUUUCUGUUUUAAAUGGAAAAGCACCAACCAGACAGGCUUAGAUCAUUUGAAACAGAUUUAAACAAGACUUCUCUGUCAGUAUUUUAGUUUCUCUUUUCACCUCCAGUGCAGCCUGAUUUACAUGAAUCUAAUUAUCAUGGCUGUUUAUAGGAUAUUACAGUAUCUGUGGUUGAAUUUCCCUCUGGUCUGAUAUGAGUUUUUAAAUUUUCUGAGUCAACACAGUGAAGCUGUACAAGCAGCUGAAAAUAACACGAAUCAAACUGUCAUGUUUUGACAGAUUGAGCCCUCGAGACUACAACUCAUACGGCUCACGACGAGGAAACGACGCCAUCAUGGCCAGAGGGACGUUCGCAAACAUCCGCCUGUUUAACAAGUUCCUGAACAAACAGGCGCCUCAGACCAUCCACCUGCCCACCGGAGAGACGGUCAGUGUGCCGAGCCCCUCUGAGGCCUCGCUGCUUUCUCUUCAAGUGUUUGAUAUUUACUAACUUUCUUACACGUGUCUUGUUGCAGAUGGACGUGUUUGACGCUGCAGAGCGGUAUCAGCAGUCUGGAGUCCCUUUAGUGGUUCUUGCAGGGAAAGAGUACGGAUCAGGCAGCUCCAGGGACUGGGCAGCAAAGGGUCCAUUUCUACUGGUGAGGAGACUCUUAAGCCGAAAACAUACAGGAGUUUUGGUUUUUGGGGUCAGGCAUGUUGGAAGCGUAGAGCAGGAGCACGAUGCAUUUCUGAUACAGAGCUGCAACAGAGCACACACACACCUGAUUCAAAUGAUCAGCUCGUUAUUGAGCCACUACAGAGCUUGAUAACGAGCUGAUUAUUUGAAUCAGGUGUGUUGGAGCAGGGAAACAUCCAAAACAUGCAGGACAGUGGGCCUCGAGGACUGGACUUGAGAAACACUGUUAUAUGCGAUACUUCAUUGGUUAGAAUGGCAAUCUAUUUGCUGCGUGAUACGUGAUGCUGACGUUACACGCUCAAUAUGGAUCCUGUAUGUUUUAGCCUUUACUGGUGACCGGUAUAAAAAAACCCAUCAUUAUACUUAUAGAUGCUAUGAAGCUGGACUGAGGGUGUGUGCAGAAAUGUGAGCUGUCCGCUUCUGUUUUUAGGGCAUCAAGGCAGUGAUAGCAGAGAGCUAUGAGCGGAUCCAUCGCAGUAACCUGGUGGGGAUGGGGGUGAUUCCUCUGGAGUAUUUACCCGGAGACACUGCUGACAGUUUGGGACUGACGGGCCGAGAGCGCUACACUGUCAUCAUCCCCGAGCAGCUUACGCCACGGAUGACUGUAGACGUCAAGGUUUGUUAAAGACCGUUAAAGACUGUUUUAUUGAUCUGACAUGAUUUGAACUCUGAAGGUUUCCCCCUCUGCUCUCACAGCUCGAUACGGGGAAAACAUUCCAGGUGAGGAUGAGAUUCGACACUGACGUGGAGCUGGCGUACUUCCAUCACGGAGGAAUCCUUAACUAUAUGAUCCGCAAGAUGUCUCAGAACUAAAUUGAAAAAAACAUGCCAAGUACCGCACAUGAAGAAAGUCAGGUCUCUUUUUCUCAGCUGCAGCCGGACACACUGUGGCUGCAGUGAGAUCAUGCAACGUUUUACUGAAGAAUUCUGUCCAAAAAUAAUCUCAUCUUUGUCCCAGUUUGGUACAUAGAGCCAUUUCAAGCUAAAAAAAACACAACAGAUAUCACACUUUUCUCUUUUUAUAAGAGUGCUGCUACUUACUUUUAAUGACACAGCAGAUCUUAAGUAAAAUUAAAAAAACCAUGAGAGGCAAGAGAGAAACAAGGAAGCAUGUUUGCUGUGUUUAUGACUGAAGAGCUGAUCACUACUUUUAAUUUUGGUGGAAGAACAUUAAUCUAGUCUUUUACUAAAGUAAGAAAGGAGAAAACAUGUUCAAUGUACCUGACGAUAUUCCCGUCUCAAACUUCAAUUCUCUUGUUUCUCUGUGGCUGGAGAUCCUUUUUUUCCUCUGAAUCAGUUAGUGUUUCACCACUUACAUGUCUUACCUGUAAGAUGGUUAAAAAAAAUCCACAUAUGAGCCUCAAAUAAAAAGUCUAAAUCUAAUAAACAUUUUUUUUUCUGUUUGUUGUUUCUCCAGUUUAAGAAAUACUGUUUUUUGUUCUUUCCCAGUUUCUAAAACUAUCAGUGCAUUGAUAUAAAUAGGAGGGAAUUAGGAUUUUCAACUCGCUUAUUUUCCUCCUGCAAAGCAUUGAAAAGUACAUCAUAACACUUGCCUGACAAAAUGUUAUUUUAAUUGCCAAAAAUUUAUUUUCUCAGCUGUGUAAUACUUUAUAACAAACUUUAAAAAUCAUUAGCUAAAGCUACUUAUGAUUAAAAAAAAAUAAAAAGGUCUGAGUUGUAAAAGUAAAUGUUAUUUUCAGGCUUGUUUUUCCAAGCAUGAGGUGUUAUACCGAUUUCAGCCACUAGAGGCUGAAACUUAAGUAGUAUUCCUGAUUUUUAAAAAUUGUCUUUCAUUGUUUUUUUUCUUCUUUUAGGCUGUUUUGUUUUUUCACAAACUGCUUUCAUAAAUUUGACAAUAGUUGCUUUUUUCCUAGCUUAAAGAUGGAGUAAUCGGAGUGCCGCUGGCCUUGCAGUCUCAGCUAGCUCCGUACGUGGAGGCUAUGCCUUAUACAAAGGCCCUGGGUUUGAAUAUGACCUGAUAUCAAUAUUAAGACCUUUUUUCACUGUCAAGACUAAAGGCAGGAAAACAUGUCAUUACUGUUAACAUUAACAUCUGUAGCUAUGAUAAACAAAAACCCAGUAUUUAUGUUUCUGACAAUAAAUAUUCACACUGAUGCAACUAUGAUCUGCAUGUCGUCAGAUCAAAGAGGAAAAAUCAGACUUAAAACUCUUGUGAAUCAUCCCACACUCAAGCUUUUGCUGUUGUUUGUGCCAUCCCGGAAAGUACCCCUGUAUAACCCCACUUUAGGUACUAAAGUUGAACAAAAAUCUCACUUGUUCUUGAGUCAUAAAGGGAAUAAAUGAGAAAAUAGAUCACUGCUGUGUUUUCUCUCUUGCCUCUCAGCACUAAUUUACUAAAUAUAUACAAGAAAGCGAAAUAUAUUUACAGAUUAUUAUGAGAUGUGAAUAUUUGAGGUAUGAAGAGUGAGUUACCCAGUUCAUUCAUGUCAUGCGCACAUUAACUCAUGAUAAACAGACAUGCUCAGAUAUUGUUCAAACAUUCCAAACUUUAUAAUAAAUCGUCUUUUAGUCUUCGUGUGGCGUUAACGUUAUUUUCUGCCUUACUUCAUAAUUCAAACGUCUGUGUCUUCUUUCUCUUUCGUCCUAAAACUCUGAUUAUUUAACUCUAAAGACUGAAAAAAUCAUGUCUCUGUGUGAUUGUCUCCUGUUCAUGACACUGUUGUGGGUGCAUUAAGCCAUAGAUUACUGAAAAUUCAAUAAAUCGUGAUUCUUUUGAACAUUUGUUUCCAGUCAUUCACUCUUAAAAUAAAUGUGGGUUUCCGUC